AGUGAGAGACAGAAAAAGGGCGAGCGACAGAGUUAGAGUGAGCAAACAAGUAUCGCGAGCAUGAGCACGGCUGUAAGCGGCCCCUAACGUUUGCAUCCUUCGAAUAGCAGCAGCAACUGCGGAGGGUAUCCGGGUAGGUUGGUUGGUUGGGUUGGGGAAAAGACUAGGAACUGGCUCUGGUCGGCCAUAGUCGGCCAUAGUAGACAUGGCGGGUGUUAGCUUACGUGAAUGACGGCAAUUGUGAAUAGUAUAAUAAUAAAAAAAAAGUCUAAAUUGGAUAUUAACGAUAUAUAUAUAUAAAUAAAAAAAGUGUUCAAUGUGUGUAUUUAAACACGAGAACAAUAAUAUUGGUGUCAUAUGAUUAAUUUAGUAGGUAAAAAUGCAGAAUGUAGCACAAGGAACAUCCUCGGAUAGCCAGAAUAACGAUAGAACGAGUGUUGUACACGACAUUACGUCGUCUACUCCCCAGUCCUCGAACUCUAGCCCCACAAAGUCUGAGACCGAGACCUUUUCGGAACCUCCACCACGCUUUAUGACAGACUCAUCCGAGAGUGAAGAGGACAGUAUUUCUGAGCCGGAUAUAUUUCGUGCUGCGAUCGAACAAGCUACAUUGGAAGAAGAUCACCAUCACCUUGAAUCAUCAAAGUUUUUAUUAACACCCGACGAUCCAGAGCGCUCGGUUGAUCCAGAGACACAAGCAAGAUUAGAGGCGUUACUGGAAGCUGCAGGAAUUGGUAAAUUGUCAUCGAGUGAUGGGAAGCAUUUAGCUGACCACGAGGUAUUGAGGAGAUUAACGUCUAGCGUCUCUUGUGCGCUAGACGAAGCCGCUGCUGCAUUGACUAGGAUGCGCAGUGACAAUCCACGUGGACAGAACGAGAAACGCUCCCUUGUUGAAGCCUGUACUGACGGUGACGUAGGAACUGUUAGAAAAUUGUUAACUGAAGGACGUAGUGUCCACGAAACUACUGAAGAAGGCGAAAGUCUGCUUUCUCUUGCUUGUUCUGCUGGAUAUUAUGAACUAGCGCAGGUAUUAUUAGCAAUGAACGCCAACGUUGAAGAUAGAGGAAUCAAAGGAGAUUGCACUCCGUUGAUGGAAGCUGCUAGUGCUGGGCAUGUUGACAUUGUUAGUUUACUCAUUGCUCAUGGGGCAGAUGUCAAUGCACAAUCAACUUCCGGUAAUACACCAUUGAUGUAUGGAUGUGCUGGUGGCCAUGAAGAUGUCGUGAGGGUAUUACUUCAAGCCGGCGCGAACGUUGAAGAUCAUAAUGAGAACGGUCAUACACCAUUGAUGGAAGCGGCAAGCGCUGGCCACGUGCCAGUAGCCAAGAUCUUACUAGAACACGGUGCCGGCAUUAAUACUCAUUCGAAUGAAUUUAAAGAAUCUGCGUUAACACUAGCGUGUUACAAGGGUCAUCUUGAUAUGGUAAGGUUUUUAUUGGAAGCUGGUGCUGAUCAAGAGCAUAAGACCGAUGAGAUGCACACCGCACUGAUGGAGGCGUCAAUGGACGGCCACGUAGAAGUGGCACGACUGUUGUUAGACUCAGGCGCCCAAGUGAAUAUGCCGACCGAUAGCUUCGAGUCGCCAUUGACACUUGCCGCGUGUGGUGGUCAUGUUGAUUUAGCGAUGCUUCUAAUUGAACGUGGAGCCAACAUCGAGGAGGUUAAUGACGAGGGAUAUACACCAUUAAUGGAAGCUGCUCGAGAAGGUCAUGAAGAAAUGGUGGCAUUACUCCUAAGUCAGGGUGCUAAUAUAAACGCCCAGACGGAAGAGACCCAGGAAACUGCGCUCACGUUGGCGUGUUGUGGUGGUUUCCUCGAAGUUGCUGAUUUUUUAAUAAAAGCAGGAGCUGACAUCGAGUUAGGAGCGUCAACACCGCUCAUGGAAGCCGCUCAGGAAGGUCAUUUAGAUCUUGUUCGUUAUCUUCUAGAGUCUGGAGCAGAUGUUCACGCUCAGACUCAAACUGGGGAUACAGCACUUACCUACGCCUGUGAGAAUGGGCAUACGGAUGUUGCAGAUCUUCUACUUCAAUUUGGUGCUGAUUUGGAACACGAAUCUGAAGGAGGACGAACACCUUUAAUGAAAGCUUGUCGAGCUGGACAUCUUUGUACCGUACAGUUUUUGAUAUCGAAAUUGGCCAGUCUUAAUCGCCACACGACCAACAAUGAUCAUACACCGUUGUCACUUGCUUGUGCAGGUGGACACCUUGCGGUGGUUGAGCUAUUGCUUGCCCAGUCUGCCGAUCCAUUCCAUAAACUCAAGGAUAAUUCAACUAUGUUGAUUGAGGCUGCCAAGGGUGGACACACCAGUGUUGUACAGCUGUUACUUGACUAUCCUCACAGCAUUAUGAUGAAUGCUCAGCAUAACGCUGCUACUCCUGCUCCGAUACUGCAACAAAUACAGCAGCAGCAUCCUCAACAACAAUUGCAGCAGCAGUCCCUUCAGCAACAACAACAACCACCAACUCAAAUAGCCCAACCUCAACCUUUGCCUCAACAGCAGCAACAACAACAACAACAACAACAACAACAACAGCAGCAGCAGCAGCAGCAACAACCACCACCCCAACAGUUGCAGCAACAAACGGCAAUCCCUCAGCUACAGCCACUAAAUCUUAGUCAUCAACAAGUACCGAUGUCUCAUCAACAACCACCAUCGAUCCAACAACCCCAGCAUCAGCAACAGCAACCGAGCACUGAACAAAACCAAAACCAAAAUCUACAACCGAAGCACAAUAGCCAAAAAUCGUUGCUUCGAAAGAAUCGUUCGGUUACCGUGAUGCCCGAUGCUAGUUUAACCUCUGCUGAAGCGCAGCAAGUAAGAACUCAGCCUGCAGGUGAGGCUGUUGCUACAUCUAUGGAUGAUACAAAUAUAUUGGAUAAAGGAAGUGGUGUUUUUACCAGCUUGUCAGAACCUAAUAUUGCGUUAAGUUCUACACCAUUACCUGUAGCCGCGUCUACGUCUGCUGAGAGUCGUAAAAAUGCAAGACAUGAGCAAAUUCUUCAUAAGCAACAAAUUCUUGAAGAAUUACAGAGGGUAGAGCGUGAACUUCAGAUCAAAGGCGCAGGCCACUUGUUUUUAGGUACUCCGAAUUUAGAUGAACAAAAAAGACAACUGAAACCCGGUGAUGGUGCAGAUUCAACUGAUUCACUACUGCCAGGAAUGUCAAAUAUUGAUUUACCAGCUCAAUCAGCUACUGCACUUCAUGGGUUGGUUUGCGGUGGCACGACAUCCGAUUUAUCGGGAAGCCUGUUGUCCUAUCAAGAAACCAAUAAGGCCUUAGCGUAUUAUCACGGGUUAUAUCUCGCCAAACGCGUGUCGUUGGAGGAACGUCUGAGACAAGCCCAAUCCAUGCCUCUGGAUCCUCCUGCAGGGGAUGCAACAUUUCCUACAACGAUGACGAUGGCCAACUUCACGACAACAACACCACCGCUGUCAUUGCCUAGAGCUGCUGUCAGUGUACCGGGAAUCACCGGGACAUUGCCAACAGUAGCAGUGUCAACUGGAAUCGGAGUACAACCACCGCAGAUUACGGGAACGUUGACGCUUCCACACCCGAUAACGGCUAGCAGUGAUGUCAGUCAAAAUACUGCCAUAAGUGAUCGACCCAAGGCUAAACCUGUCUCCAAGAAAGAGGGUAAAAAUCUUCGCAAGCCCAAUAUUGCUGCUGGCAAGUUCAUUCAACAGCAGACACAGCAGCAGCAGCAGCAACAACAACAACAACAACAACAACAACAACAACAACAACAACAACAACAACAACAGCAGCAGCAGCAGCAACAACAGCAGCAGCAACAGGCAACCAUUUCUCAGUUACAACAAGCCCAACAACAACAACAACAACAACAGCAGCAACAGGUUACAUUGGUCGGACUUCAACAGCAGUAUCAAGAGAAACAACGACAGCAUGUCUAUCAACUCCAACAGGUUCAUGAUCUUCAACAGCUUCAGCAAUUGAAUCAACAACUUCAAAUGCAGUUAGACCAAGUACAGGUACAGCAGCAGCAACAUCAGCAUGACGUACAUCAAUCCCAAGUUGGUAUUAUAAGUGACAGCGGUGCUGAUAUCCUAGUGCCCAGUCAACUGUUGGCUCACCUUCACCCCACUCAGACUCAUGUUGAGCAUCUUCAUGAUCAGCAAACAACACAGCAAAAUAUUUCGGAGCCUCUGGACUCGGAAUUGGCAAGAUUGCAUAGAGAUACAGCUUGUCCAUUCUUUGCUGCCGCUCCUAAAGCUAAAGCACUAACUGCGGACAGUACUGUUUUGAAAUUGGAUGAUGGAAUGCAGAUACCGAUGGAUGAAGUUGCCGAAAUAAUAGAAUCAAUUACCUUCGACGAUGUGCCUAACGGUAACUAUAUGGCUCUUGGUCCAGACGAUCAAGAUGAAUUAGAACUAAAGAAAUUUGGUAUUUGCGACAAAGAUCAAGAGCAGCUUUCAAAAGACCUUGUAUCGAUGGAGCAGCAUCAGGUAUUACGUCAAGUUGAGCAGGAUGCCAGUGGUUCCGGAAGACGAUCCAGCGAAAGAUUAAAUCGAGAAAAAACAUUAGAUGAUGUUUAUAAGAAAGGUUUCAAACGUGGUUUACGUAUGGCUGCUGCCGCUCAAAUCCGUGGCACAGAAACAUCUUACGAAGAGCCUGGAAUAGAUCCAACGAUUAUAGAUAAUCUUGUAUUGGGUUGGAACUUGAAUGCAGCUGCACGGAGCAAGGAAAAAAAUGGAGGUAAAGUUAGUGCUGGUACUAGUAGCAGUAGCUCAAGUAGCAGCAUCAGUAGUAGCAGUGCAAGCAGUAAUCAGGUUCAAGUAGCAACGCAGACUCAAGGACUGGCAACAAGUGCCGUGGCAAGUCUUACGGAACCUGACAAAAAACAAGUAUAUACUGCAAAUGCCUGUGCUAAAGAGAAAAAAGCUAGAUAUGCUCUUUUAUCACAGCAACCUUCUCCAUGUCAACAACAACAACAACAACAACAGCAGCAGCAGCAGCAGCAACAACAGCAACAGCAACAGCAACCACCACCACAACCACAACCACAACCUCAACAGCAACAGCAACAGCAACAGCUAUCGCAACAACAAACCAUUGUGGGCCCGGUAGUGACUGGUCAAGUACAGCAACAGCAACAACAAGUUCAGCAACAAGUUCAACAAAAUUAUCAAUUGGAUCCUGCCAUAAGUGCAGUAGGAAAUUAUACAGGCAAUAGCGUAGUACCUGCAGGUGCUCAGGUCACCGCAGAUACAGCUCCAGCUACUUAUCCACCGGCUAAUCAAAACCAACAAUUUGCUUGUAUGGAUGUUGAUUCAGAAACAGACAGCAAUCAUGACACUGCAUUAACGCUUGCAUGCGCUGGUGGGCAUGAAGAACUCGUUGAAUUCCUACUGAGUCGUGGUGCCGAUAUCGAACAUCGUGAUAAAAAGGGCUUUACUCCAUUAAUAUUAGCAGCAACUGCUGGUCACCAAAAAGUUGUUGAGAUACUUUUACAUCAUAACGCAGACAUUGAAGCACAGUCUGAGCGAACAAAGGAUACUCCUUUGUCACUUGCUUGCAGUGGUGGAAGAUUCGAGGUUGUAGAAUUAUUACUGUCUCGUAACGCCAAUAAAGAACAUCGCAAUGUAUCUGACUAUACUCCACUUAGUUUAGCUGCAUCUGGUGGUUAUGUCAAUAUUAUAAAACUUUUACUGCAGAAUGGAGCUGAAAUAAAUUCACGUACCGGUUCAAAACUUGGAAUUUCUCCACUGAUGCUUGCUGCUAUGAACGGACAUACUCAAGCGGUUAAAUUACUACUGGAUAUGGGUAGUGAUAUAAACGCGCAGAUUGAAACAAAUCGUAAUACUGCUUUGACUCUCGCUUGCUUCCAAGGUAGACAUGAAGUUGUAAGUCUGCUUCUUGAUCGUAAAGCAAAUGUUGAGCAUCGCGCUAAAACAGGACUAACACCGUUGAUGGAAGCUGCUAGUGGUGGUUACGUUGAAGUUGGUCGUGUUUUAUUAACUAAAGGCGCUGAUGUUAAUGCAACUCCUGUCCCAUCGUCGCGUGACACUGCCCUUACUAUUGCUGCAGACAAAGGUCACUGCCGUUUUGUUGAAUUAUUAUUAUCACGUGGUACCCAAGUUGAGGUUAAAAAUAAAAAAGGUAACAGUCCGUUGUGGCUUGCUGCUAAUGGUGGGCAUCUUAAUGUUGUUGAACUUUUAUACAAUGCUGGAGCUGAUAUUGAUUCACAAGACAAUCGUAAAGUGUCUUGUUUGAUGGCAGCAUUUCGUAAAGGGCAUACUAAAGUUGUUAAAUGGAUGGUUAGUCAUGUUACGCAGUUUCCUAGUGAUCAAGAAAUGACAAGGUAUAUUGGUACAGUCAAUGAUAAAGAAUUAUUAGAAAAGUGUCAAGAGUGUGUUAAAGUAAUUCGCGCUGCUAAAGAAACACAAGCCGCUAAAGCCAAUAAAAAUGCUAGUAUACUAUUGGAAGAAUUGGAUAUGGAAAAAACCCGUGAAGAAUCUAAGCGUGCCGCUGCUGCUCGUCGACGUGAACGUAAGAAAAAGAAAAAAUUAGAAAAGAAAGAAGAAAAACGAAAACUUCAUGAAGAAAAUAAAAAGAAUGAAACGAUUUAUGAAGACAAAGAGGAUGCGUCGAAAAAAUCCGAAGAUGAGGAUGCUGAUAGGGCUGACGAAAGUGACAAUGAAGAGGGCGGUGCCGAUAGUUGUGAACGUUUAGACAAUGUUCCGUCGCCGUCACCAGUUAAUCGUAGCCCAGAUGAUCCAGAUAAAGAAGAGGGUGACAGUGGUAUAGAUGCUAAUAGCCAAGGAAGCUGUAGCAGUAAUGAUGUUAAAGCACGCGAGAGAAAGAAAGAUAAGAAAAAGAAGAAAAAUAAUAAUAUUAACAGUAAUAAUAAUAGCAACUCAAAUAAUAGUAAUGAUAAAGACACCUCUCCUCAUCGCCCUCAAUCUUCAGUUUUUGCUUCUUCUUCAUCAUCAAAUAUCUCCCAAUCCUCGAUAGUAGCACCUAGUAGUAAACUUCAAAGUUGUUCUUCAACUUCGACUACAACUAUUUCUAAUUCUUCUUGUGCUCCUGAUAAACGCGCUUCAACUAGUAAUAGUAAUACCGGAGGUGGUACGUCAGGUUCAAUGAGUACCUCGUCUGGUAAUUCACGACAGCCAGUUGCAUCUUCCUCUUCUAGUGGUGGUAGUAUUAAUUCCUCCGAGCGUAAACUCAAAGGACUUGUAUUUGAGUCCUCUCGACAUCCCGCAGAACGUGAGGACUUUGAAGCAACCGGUAACGAAAAUUAUGUUUCUGGAAAAGGAAAAAAAUCUAAUAAUAACAGUAAUAGUAAUCAGUAUGAUAAUGAUGGAAUAAAUAAUAGUGUUAAAACAACAAAUUCGACUAGUCCUAAACAGGGUGGUAAACGUGAAGAAGGCUGGAAAGAAGUUGUUCGUAAGGGACAGUCUGAUUCUGAUUCCGGUAGAUUUAUGAAUUCUCCAUGUCGUUCUAAAAAAAUAUCAGUUCCACCAAAUGCUAUUAGCCGUGUUAUUGGUCGAGGUGGUAGCAAUAUUAAUGCUAUUCGCGCUGCAACUGGUGCUCACAUCGAGGUUGAAAAGCAGAGCAAAUGUCAAGGCGAACGUAUUAUUACGAUAAAAGGUCCAACUGAGGCUACUAAGCAAGCUCAUACUUUGAUAGCUGCUCUUAUAAAAGAUCCUGACGUAGAUAUCCUUCAGAUGUUGCCAAAGAACAAACUCACCGUGAUAACUUCUUCAACCUGGGAUAAAUCGACGGUACCCACGAGUGCCUCAUCCAAACCUAAGAUGGGACCGGUAAAUAAACCAGCAACAUCUGUAACUGGGACCACUAGUUACGCAACUAAAUCCGGUUAUACAUCAUCAGGAAUAUCUUCUGUCGUUCAAAUAAUGCCACUAAGAUCAUCAUCUUCUAUUAAAUUAGCCGGUGCAUUUUCAGCGCCUCUAUCACGCGCAACUGCACCGCGACUGGUGGCCGCAGCUGAAAAACGAGCGCACGCUGCCGCAGCAGCAGCAGCUGUUGCAGCGUCUGGAGGACAGGUAUCAUCGUCAUCUAAUACCAGAACAACAAUGUCUUAUACUAGUGCUAUUAUGACCUCGGGAAGGGCUACUAAGCUUAUAACAACAACUGCACCACAGACAUUUGCUGCAAAAUUAUCUGAUAUCACUGCCUCGACUCAUACAACUACCACGACUGUACAGUUGAAUCAUACAAAUCAGAUUAAUAACAGUAACAAUAACAACAGUGGUAGCAAUAGUAAUAAACAAAAAUCCUCUAUAUCGUCAUCAAUGUCUCAAUCAAGUUCAGUAAUAAAUAACGUUAUGUCAUCAACACCAUUGACACCGCUAACUUUACCCCAUCAAACCAUGACGAGCACAUCGCCCAAGCACUGCCGAACACUGCCGUCUUUAUCUGCUCCAAAUAUAUCAGGACACUAUAAUAGUAAAACUUAUUCAUCAUCUGGUUCUAUAAACAAUCAGUCGUCCACUGUAACGUCUGCUGUUGUUUCGAACGGCUCCGAAAAUAUUGCCUCAUCAACUGCUGUUACUUCUAUGCGUGUGACACCAUCGCCACCAGUUGUUACUCAAUCAAAUAGUUUUCAACAACAGCAAUCUCAACAAUUACAACAGCAACAGCAACAGCAGCAGCAACAACAACAGCAGCAGCAGCAACAACAACAGCAACAGCAACAACAGCAGCAGCAGCAGCAACAGCAACAACAGCUGCAGCAUCAGCAACAACAACUCCGGCAGCAACAACAACAGACAGAACAACAACAUGCACAGCAGCAACAGCAACAACAACAAUUACAGCAACAGCAACAGCAACUACGGCAACAACAACAGACAGAACAACAACAUGCACAGCAGCAGCAACAAGCUCAUCAUCUAUCACAUCAACAACAGCAAUCAUCGCAAUCAAUGCGCAGUACGACUCCAGUUAUGUCAGGAAUUAUGGAACAAUCUGGACCACAUCAAGCUCAACAGCAAACGAAUACACCACUUGAAUACUCGCUGUUUAAUGAUAGUUUUUCAAAGGUUGCUCAACAAUCAGUAUGGGGAAGUCGUGAAAACGAAUCUCAAAAGGGUAUGAACUUCGCAACAGUUGCUGGGGGUGGUGGAUCUACCAAUUCUUCCAAUAAAUUUGACAAUUCUCCUGGUAAAUUUAUUGACAGUUCACCACCUCAAGUGGAUGCUUCUAAGGCACCUGGCUACAGAGGUACAGCUAUGUGUUCACCAGUUUCUAGUAAAACAAAUAAUAGUAGUGUUUUAUCGUCAGGAAAUUCCGUAAUAGGCAGUGUAUCGGGUGUCUCGCCGUCUGGUAUUCAUAAUAGCUUACAGCAACAACAGCAGCAAUAUCAAGCGUCAAUAAAUAAUUAUUUGAAUGAGCAUCAGUUGCCGAAUAAAUCAUCGAGUUUAGCAGUUGCACGGCCAGUCAUGAAUCAACAGCAGAGUAUGGAAUUACAGAGUGCUGGAAUAAAUCAAUUCAAUAGAGCUGUAUACGCCAGUGAUCUUGCCUCACGGAAUAUGAAUGUUAAUCACCAGCAGCAGCAUCAACAAUCUCAGCGAGAGAUGCAACAAUCUCAGCAGCAACAGCCACAACAACAGCAGUCGUCUCAUUCGUCUCAGCAGCAACAACCUCAAUCGCAACAGCAACAAUCUUCACAGCAGUCUCAGCAGCAACAACAUCAACAGAUGCAAGCACAACAGCAACAACAUAUGAUGGCAUCAAACUCCCAGCAAAAUCUAGACGGGUUAUUUAAAAACAGCAGCAGUGGAUAUGACCACGCUAAUGUUAAUUCUAAUUUAUUAAAAAUGGUACCAAACGAUGGGCAAUCGAGUGCCGGUCAUCCGAUGAUGCCAUUUCAUCCACAUAUGCAGAGUUUCGCUCCAUCUAUAAGCCAAUCAGCGAGUGUUAGCACGACUGUUAGUAUGUCAAGAUUAAAUCCACGUGCUCCUGAUUUUUCAAGCUCGUUGCAUCUCAAUAAUAAACCCCAGGUGACGAUGUUUAAUCCACCAACGGGUAUUCAUCCGAAUAUGUUUGCCCAAGUACCAACAGCACCACCGACUGGUAUGCAACCUACUAAUUUAGCAAUGCUCGGUAAUUAUCCUCUGAAUAAAUAUCAACAGCAGCAACAGCAACAACCACCGACAGGUGGACCUAAUUCACGAGGACAACCACCUCCACCUACUCAUCCAUCAGGUAUAUCAUCAAAUGGGCAAGCAAGAUGGCAAUUUAAUCAUCCACCACACAGUAAUUAUCCACCACACCAAGAUCAAAUGAUGGCACAAAUGGGCUUUCCUAAUCACUUGGGUAACAUUGGUGCUACUCAAGUUGGUGGUAUUGAUUUGAUAACUGGCUUGGAAAACGGCGGCUCACCGACAAUGUCACCGUCAUCUCCAGGUCAAGUUACACAGGAGAUGAAUCAAUUAAAAAUAGAGGAUCGUAAAGUACCUAGGCCUAUUGGUACUGAGAGAGCAUGGAAAAAUUACAAUUGUAAUAUGGGACCUGGUGGUGAUGCUGAGCCUCCUGUUAAUUGGAUGAUCAAUGAUAAAUCUGUCGGAUCUUGGAAUAUACCUGGAAUGGAGAGACAACAGAUGUUCAGAACAAAUGCUUCCUAUAAUCGUGUUUCCAAUAUGGAGCCGGAUAUUCAACAGAUUAUUGAAUCACCAUUUUCGGGCCAUAUGGAAAAUCCACAAGCAUAUCCUAAUGGUAGUGCUUCAGGAUUAUCUAUGAUACCUGGACUACUAUUCCCAGGACAGUAUGGAAACGCGGCGGUUUUAUCAGAAAUACCACCUCCAAAUGAUACAACUAAAAUGGAUGCACCAGGAUGGGGAAUGCCCGAUCCGACGGUCCAAGAUAAACAUCACCCGGGAUGGAACAAAUGGACUCACUAAUUGCUGUAGCUGAGACCUUAAUUCUCGUUACACGGCUUCUUUUAUUCUCAAUACUGC